AUGACCUCAGUCACAGAGCACCUCAGUCACAGAACACCUCAGUCACAGAACACCUCAGUCACAUCUCCCCUCAUUCAUAGCUCCCCUCAGUCACAGAGCCCCUCAGUCACAGAGCCCCUUUGUCACAGAACACCUCAGUCACAGAGCCCCUCAGUCACAUCUCCCCCAAUUCAUAGCUCCCCUCAGUCACAGAGCCCCUCAGUCACAGAGCCCCUUUGUCACAGAACACCUCAGUCACAGAACACCUCAGUCACAGAGCCCCUCAGUCACAGAAGACCUCAGUCACAUAGCCCCUCAGUCACAGAGCCACUCAGUCACAGAUGA